GAAUAUCCACCCAAAAAAAUUAAAGCACAAGAUAAAUAAAUAAAUAAAUAAAUAAAUAAAUAAAUAAAAAAGUCCAACACUAUCCCCUCUUCCUUUCACAACACAACACAACACAACACAACACCCCACCGCCUCUCUCUUCACAUAGCUACUUGCUCCCAAUCCCAUCUCUAUCUAUUUUUUUAUUGCUACCAAAUUGCAUGCAGCCAAUAAUCCUCCCCAUCCCCUAAUCCCUAUCACCAUAUAAAAUUCCCAAAUCCCCCAAAUUUUAUAAAAAUAUAUAUAUCAUGAAGCGAGAAUUGGCCGAAGAAGAUAAACACCAACACCAACACCAACAACAAGAUCAUCCAAUGAUCUCCAAAUUCCACCACCUCUCCUCCUCCUCCGCCGCCGACUACCAAGAAGCCGACAGCCACACCCCAACCUAUGCCGCCGACGGCGCCACCAUCGAGGUCGUCCGCCGCCCCCGCGGCCGCCCCCCGGGCUCCAAAAACAAGCCCAAGCCCCCCGUGAUCAUCACGCGCGACGCCGCCGAGCCCGCCAUGAGCCCCUACGUCCUCGAGCUCCCCGGCGGCGUCGACAUCGUCGACUCCACCGCCCGCUUCUGCCGCAAGCGCAACAUCGGCCUCUGCCUACUCAGCGGCAGCGGCGCCGUCACCAACGUCACCCUCAAGCAGCCCUCCUCCACCCCUGGCGCCACCGUCACCUUCCACGGCCGCUUCGACAUCCUCUCCAUCUCCGCCACCGUCCUCCCCCCCGCCGCCGCCAACUCCUCCCCCUCCUCCCCCUUCUCCCUCUCCCUAGCCGGUCCACAAGGGCAGGUCGUCGGAGGCCAUGUGGUGGGCCCACUAAUCUCCGCCGGCACGAUCUACCUCGUCGCCGCGAACUUCUCCAAUCCGUCGUUCCACCGCCUCCAGGCGGCGGAGCAGGAGGAGGAGGACAAUUCCGGCUGCCAUGAAUCGCCUAAGACGAUCUCCGGCGGCGGGAGCGGCGGCGCUGCUCCGCCGCCGACGUACAGCUAUCAGGCGGACGACGUCGUGUGGGCUCCAGCGAACAGACAUCAGCCGCCGCCUCCGCCGCCGCCUUACUAAUUACUAUUGUUUUAAUUGAAUAUUGCUAUAUUAGUUGGUUUUGUUUAAUUGGUUUUGGUUGUGGGGAAUUUUUGCUUGUAAUUUUUGAUGGUUGGACUAGCUUUUUAACAUUUGAUCUAUUUGGUUUUUUUAACAUAUGAAAAUGCUAUGUUUGUGGAUGUGGGAUUGAAGGAAUGGGGGGAUCUAAUUUAAUUUGAAGGAAUAUUCCAAUAAUGGGAAAUUAAUUGAGCUGUCUGUAUGUAUUGGUGUGUGAUGUAUUUAAUUUUUUUGGUGGUGUCA